AUGCCUGCAACAACAAAUAAAGAUAUUGGAAACUCGCCAACGCUUUCGAUUUUGGAAUCGCAUAAUUUGGCUACAGGAUUGUCAUCAUCUACAGGAAGUAUAUUGGACAACACCAUGUCUCCGAGUGACACACCCAUUCAACCCGCAUUUCCCAUGCCAUCGGCUUCAACGUCGUCAUCAUCAUCAUCAUCAUCCUCAACGGCAAAUGCCCCGCCUUCACAACAAGAAAGAUCAUUGCCCGGAUCCUCAUCAUUAGCUUCAUUUCAUCGACCCGCAUAUACACCAUCCUCAGCUGCAUCUUUUUCCACAGCAGAUUCUCUUCGCCCUGUUGUGAAGCUAAGAUUUGGAGAUAAAAUCAAAAGAAUUGUGCUUCCAAAAUCCGAAAUGGCCAGUCUCACAAUGGCAGGUUUGAAGGCCCUCGUAAAAAAGCAUUUCCAUCUUGAAGAGGAGCUUUCAUUCAAAUUCAAGGAUACAGAGGGAGACUGGGUACUUCUUGAAGACGAUACAGAUCUUUCCAAUGCCAUUGCGAUUGGCCCAAUUUUAAAUGUUCGCGUGAUUAACAACGAGCUUGAAAGCUUUGAAAGCAUCAAGGAAAUUGUCUCGUCAUUUCAACCGCAGCUUGAAUCAAUCUUGACCAUGAUCAAGGAACUGUUGCUUGCCGUUGACAAGCAAAAGAGCGGAGAAAAAUAUCGGAACCCGGAUAUUUCGAUAAAUAAUGCUAUUUCUUCUUCUCAGCAAACUGCACCUGCUCAGCAAGCUUCAUUAGGACACAAGCCACAAGAUCAGGCUGCCUUCCCCCCAACCGGUUCCGCUCCACCGCUUCAAAUGAAAGGGCCAGGAGCCAUGGAACAUUCUCCACAACCGCCCUCUGCUUCUGCACCGAUGGCUUUUCCUUCUCAUUCGGCUCCUCAUCCUCCAAACCAAAAGCCGCAUGCAUCUUUCCCCUAUCCUGCGCCACCAUCGGCAGGACCCACACCAUCUGGGCUUCAUCUUGGUACUCAGGGGCCCCAUUCUAAUAUGCCAAAUUCGCCUUACCCAGCUCCUCCGGCCCCUUCAACCCACUUUUCCCAGUCAUCUCAGCCUCCUCUUCAACAAUCGCAAACGAUGCAGCCUGCAAAGCCAUCAAUGCCCAGCUCUCCUGCUCAGAUGGGAGGUUUUCCAGGACAGCCCCAACAAUUUGGCGGCGGUCCUCAAAUGAUGCCGCCCCCUCCCUCUGGAUUCCAUGCAAGUCAUUUGCCGCAAUCCACAACGUCCAUGAGGCCUGGCAAUCCCCAACCUCCACCUUCUGCACCUUCAGGUCCCUCAUCAACAUAUAUGGGCGCCAAUCCUUCUUUUCAGCAAGGACAACCGUCUCAAUUUCAAGCAUCUAAUCCUAAUCCUCCCCCAAGCCUUCAGGGCGCACCACUUCAUCACCAUCAAAUGGCGUCUGGAAACCAAAUGCACCAACAAGGUGCCCCUGGUCCUAUCUAUUCAAAUUACCCAUAUCAAAAUUCAGCGCAGGCACACCAGACUUCCCCUCCCUAUCGCUAG